AACAAAAUAAAGGAAACAGUCAUUAGAUAAGCUUCUUCACCCGGUUGUUCAGAAAGUUCGCAGUGGAUUUGUGCUUCCUUAAGUCCAGAUCUCCUGAAGCUCUGCCUGGUUCCCCAACAUCCCUCUCUGACCCCCUAAAAAAGAAAGAAUAGAAGAACAGAAGAAGACAUAUAAAAAAACAUUUCCCUCCUUUCUUUCUAUCUCUCUCUUCUCUUUUUUCCCUGUCUCUCUCUCCCUCUCUCUAUCUCGCUUCUUUCUCAGCAGUGGAGUUUGUCCUGACAGUGUCCAAAGUGGUUAAAAAGAUAAACAUCAUGACCUGCUAGCGAGACACAGAACAACAUGGACAGGCAAUAACAAAGAGUUACAUCAGCGGAGGAGCGUUGGCCGUUAUGACCACCUCAUGAUGACCACCCUUUCUGAGACUGAUAUUGCUGAUGUUGGUCAUGGCGAGAAUCUGGGGUGUGUCACUGAAGAGGUCUCAGUGAGUACAGCAGAAGUGAAACAUGAGUUACAAACUUCUCCCAGUCAACCCGCUUCAUACACCAGUUCUCCUAAAGAGCUGAGCGACACACUGCACAUGGACCACAGCGACGUCAAACUGGAUCCCUCUGCAGACACACCUGCACCAGUGGGUCAGCCAGUGAAGAGGAAGAAGGGUCCAGCUCCCAAGAUGCUGGGGAACGAGGUGUGUAGUGUCUGUGGAGACAAGGCCUCUGGUUUCCACUACAAUGUAUUAAGCUGUGAGGGCUGCAAGGGCUUCUUCAGGCGCAGUGUGAUCAAAGGAGCACAGUAUGUUUGCAAGAACUCUGGUCGCUGUGAGAUGGACAUGUACAUGCGUCGAAAGUGUCAGCAGUGUCGGCUGCGCAAGUGUCGAGAGGCGGGCAUGCUGGAGCAGUGUGUGCUUUCGGAGGAGCAAAUUCGAUUGAAGAAAAUGAAGAAGCAGCAUGAUGAAGAGGCAGGUCGUAGCUCUACCAUGUCUGCACCAAGCCCAGCAGCUGAUAUUCCCCCUUUGGCUCCAGAACAACAGGAAAUGAUCGAGAAGUUAGUCGCCAUGCAGAAACAGUCAAACAAACGCUCCUUCAUCGACCGGCGAAAAGUCACUCCGUGGCCACAGAGUCAGGACCCCAUGAACCGGGAGGUGCGGCAGCAGCGCUUUGCUCACUUCACCGAGCUGGCAAUCAUGUCAGUGCAGGAGAUUGUGGACUUUGCAAAACAGUUACCUGGUUUCCUGGAGCUUACCCGUGAGGACCAGAUUGCCCUGCUCAAGACAUCCACCAUUGAGAUAAUGCUGCUAGAGACGUCUCGUCGCUACAAUCCAGCGAUCGAGAGCAUCACUUUCCUCACACCAGACUUCAGCUACAACAAGGAGGACUUUGCCAAAGCAGGGCUGCAGAUCGAGUUCAUUAACCCCAUCUUUGAGUUCUCUAAGGGCAUGAACGACUUGCACCUGGAUGAGGCAGAGUAUGCGCUGCUUAUCGCAAUAAAUAUCUUUUCAGCAGACCGACCCAAUGUGCAGGAUCACGAUUUGGUGGAGAAGCUUCAACAGCCGUAUGUGGAUGCUUUGCAUUCAUACAUCAGGAUCAAGAGACCAAAUGAUCAUCUGAUGUUCCCACGUAUGCUGAUGAAGCUGGUCAGCCUGCGCACCCUGAGUAGUGUUCACUCUGAGCAGGUCUUUGCUCUGCGACUGCAGGACAAGAAACUUCCUCCUCUUCUGUCUGAAAUCUGGGAUGUCCAUGAAUGAAACUGACUACAUAUGGUCAGCCCCAAGGACAUAUCCAUUUCAGGGUUUUAUGGAUGAAGGGUACGGAUCAUACUCUCCUUCAGGCCUGCUAACUUCCCUGGCCUUGAGGAGCUUUAUCUUCCUCUGGACUUCUGAUUGUACUCUCCUGUGCAGGAUACAGUGGUUUGUGGUCGGCCUUCUCAGAAUCAGCAUUCUAUAGACUGUUUUAGGCCAUCCAGAAAUGUUUAGGGAUUGCAUAUAGACAUUUUGUAUCCAGAUUCAUGCCUACUGGAAUGAAUGACUGUACAUUUAAGGCGGUUGAUUAUAUAUUUUUUUUACAAUACCUAUUCCACUGGGAAAACUUGCAGCCUAUUUGAGCUCAAAUCCAGAGAGAUGCCUUCAAGGAGCAGAUUAAUGCAGUAAAUUAAUUAGCUAGUGGAAAGUUCGGCUCUAUACUGCAUGGGCAUCAUUUAUCCAUGCACUUUGGGGCCAAAAACAUGUCAUUUCAGACUUGGUCAUGGAGCAGUGCUCCUAAAAAUGACGUUUUUUGAGGAUAAUUUGAGAAACAAUUGAUAAGCCUCUCUCAUACAUUGCCACUUUUACUUUGAUAUGAGCUCAUAUUUAUGCCUCUUCAGGGACAGAACAGGAAAAAAUUGGGAUAUAUGCAGAAAUAUUUUAGAGUGAUGCAUCAGGCACAUAGUCUGAAAGCUAUAUACAAGGAAUUUAUAGCUUGUAUAAUGUGAAAGAGGCAUUAUAGAAUAUUUCAUAUAGAUGAUGUGGCAGGAUUCUGAACUGAUUGAGUGAUGGGGAAUAACACAAAGCUUCUCGAUUGGCUUGGUGAAGUCCUACAGUUUGCUAUUCUUUUAUAAAUGUAAAGAGUGGGCAUGGCUAGAUUAAGGCUACAUACAAUCUUCCGUUCACGGUCUAGAAGCAGUGUGAUGGUGAUGGUGAACAGAAUGCAAUCUCUGUUUUGUUUAAAAAUUAAAACCCAACAUGUUACUUACAGGGAUUGGCAGGUGUCAGUAGACCUGUCAACAUAAACCAGUAUGCUGCUUACAAAAACUACUGUAAAGUUGGGUUGAGAAAUUUCAUGUGUAAAAUCUAUAACAUUUAACAUAUGGGUUUAGAACUUUGUCAAUCAUUGUCAUUUAGUAACUGCAAGUAACAGUUCAUUCUACAGUUAACCCCUAAUGUCUGGUCCUUGUUGCCUUCUGGGCAGUAGAUCCAGGAUGUUGCAAAAAAACAAAAGAACAGUACAAUGUAAUUAACGGUCUUCUGAACUAGGGGCUAAAUAUACAUGUUUGUUUUUUUUUUGUUUUGUUUUGUUUUAAAUUAUUAGUGCUACGUCUUUGUCUGGAGCCACACUCUGGCAGCAUUCUCAUCUGUUGACCACUGCCACACCAAUUAAAAGUGCUUAUAUAAUUAAAACGAUGUUGAUUUGCAUGACCCACAUUAUCUAAUUCUGACUGGAUUUGGCUUAUUUGUAGUAACCUAUCGUUACUAACGUAUCCUAUUCCGUAUAAAGUUAGUCAGAUGAAUGGAUUUCUACCGACAAGCUGUACCUGUAAUUUUGAGGAAAGUAGCUCUUGUGAGAUUUUAGCUCUAAUACGCAUUGGUGUUAUGAACAAUCUGUUAUAGUGUGAAGAAUUUGAGCUUUGUCUAAAUCCAGUGAUCUUCUCGGUAAAGCAUUUCCAUGUGAUUAUCUAAAGUUUUUAUUUGCCCCAUUUAAACCUGGUCAUCUUGUGCACCUUGAAACUGGAUUGUAUCCAGAUAAGAUUUUUAACAACAUGCGUCUCUGAUAGAUUAGUAGAUUGUCGAUAUGCAAAGUGUUGCAUUCAAACUUUCAGCGAACUUUUCUUAUUAUUAUGUCUUUGGACCGAUCAUAUUUCAUUCCGAUUGCUCCGAUCACUUCAUUUAUAUAAAAUCUCUUAUAAAUGCAUCCCCGGUGAUUUUACACUUUUUACACAUUUUUAGGUGAAUUAUCUCCAUCUGAAUAUAACCUAAUAAUGAGGAUGAAUAAAAUUUUCAAGGGUAACUAGGGACUUUAUUACUUAUAAUUUACCUCAACCUAUUAUUUAUGCUUUGGCCAUAGUGCCUUAGUGAGUUUAAAAACCCAGUCACGUUUGUGGAUGAGUAGUAAUUUUUUUUUAAAUUAUAAUUUCCCCCUUGGACCCACACGUGUCUAUUCUUAGCAUGCACUAUAAUAAAUAAAUUUAAUUGUAAAUCUAAUUAAUUUUUUUCCUGAGCAUUAUCUGAAAGAUUAGAAGGCUAACAGUGCAACUAAAUCAUAUAGAUUAUUUACAAACAGUUUAUAAGUAUAGUGCAAAUAUAACUGGCUGUGUUUUGGAAUCUUAAAAAUAGAAUUAUUUGAAAUCAGAUUUGGAUUUUGUCUGUACUCUAAUAUGAUCAAAUCUUCAGAAUUGUUUAGUGAAUUUGUAUGAAAUAUUGAUCUGUCAAACCACAACUAUAGUGUUGAUUUCCUUAGCCUUAGAGAAAGCACGAUCACCAGUGUGAAAUUUUUACACCUUUUACAUCUGUGUGUGUCUGUGCCUGUGUGUGUGUGUGUGUGUGUAAGAGAGAGUGAGAGAGAUAAAUGAACACUUGCCUUUUUCAAUGUGUGUUAAAAUAGUAUGUUGAAUUUUAAAACACCAGUUUAAUUGGAUCUAAUUAAAAUGAUUAUUUUAUAUGCCCUUUUGGGUUAAACUUUUCCUUUUAAUUCAUCUGACAUCCUGUUGUGUGGUAUCAAACAAUGGUGGCAUAUAAAUGUAAACUUAUGCUCUAAUGCCUUAAGUCUUUGGAUAAACUGCUUAAUACACACGAUUUAAAAACCGAUGCAUUUUACUGUUCUGCCAGAUUCUGUAUAUGUGUGUAUGUAGAUGACUUAAACACCUCAACUAUUCUUUAUACUGAAAUACAUUGACCUGAACCAUGGAA